AUGGUGCUAGAGGUCCUGGCCGGAGCCAUGACGGAGGUGGGAGCCGUGCUCGGGCUGCUGGAGGCCUCGGGCGCGCUCAGCCCCGGCGAGCGGCGGCAGCUGGACGAGGAGGCGGGCGGCGCCAAGGCGGAGCUCCUGCUCCAGCUGCUCCUGGCCAAGGAGCGCGACCACGUCCAGGACCUGCGGGCGGCGCUGGAGAAGACGCAGCCUCACCUGCUGCCCAUGCUGCACCUGAACAGCGUCGUCGGGCCGCCGCCACCCGCCGAGGGCGCUGGCUCCACCUACAGUGUCUUGUCUAUCAUGCCUUCAGACUCGGAGAGUAGCGGUUCCCUCAGCAGCGUGGGCACUGCUGGGAAGGCAUCAUCCCCAUCACCCCUCCUCACCGAGCAGCAAGUGAAUGAGAAGAUGGAGAACCUCUCCAUUCAACUGCGGCAGAUGACACAAGAGAGGAAUGAGCUGCGGAAGCGCCUGGCCUUUUCAACGCAUGGGACGACCUUUGACAAAAGGCCCCACCACAGGCUGAAUCCUGACUAUGAGAGACUGAAGACCCAGUGUGUUCGGGCAAUGUCGGACCUCCAGAGCCUCCAGAACCAGCAUACCAACACCCUGAAGAGGUGCGAGGAGGUGGCCAAAGAGACUGACUUCUACCACACACUCCAUAGCCGGCUCCUGAGCGACCAGACGCAGCUGAAGGAUGAUGUGGACAUGCUAAAGCGGGAGAAUGGGCAGCUGCUGCGGGAACGUAACUUGCUGCAGCAGUCGUGGGAGGACAUGAAGCGGCUGCAUGAGGAGGACCAGAAGGAGAUCGGUGACCUCCGGGCCCAGCAGCAGCAGGUGUUGAAGCACAACGGGUCAUCGGAGAUCCUCAACAAGCUGUACGACACGGCCAUGGACAAGCUGGAGGUGAUUAAGAAGGACUAUGAUGCCCUACGGAAGCGGUACAGUGAGAAAGUGGCCAUGCACAACUCAGACCUGAGCCGCCUGGAGCAGCUGGAGGAUGAGAACCAGCGCCUGCUGAAGCAGGCGGAGAUGCUGACCCAGCAGAGGGACACGGCCAUCCAGCUGCAGCACCAGUGUGCCCUCUCCCUGCGCAGGUUCGAAGUGAUCCAUCAUGAGCUGAACAAGGCCACCGCCCAGAACAAGGACCUGCAGUGGGAGAUGGAGCUGCUGCAGUCGGAACUGACGGAGUUGAGGAGUGCACAGGCGAAGACUGCCAAGGAGUCGGAGAAAUACAAGGAGGAGCGGGAUGCGGUCUACAGCGAGUACAAGCUCAUCAUGAGUGAGCGGGACCAGGUGAUCUCCGAGCUGGACAAGCUGCAGACUGAGGUAGAGCUGGCUGAAUCCAAGCUGAAGAGCAGCACGUCAGAAAAGAAGGCUGUCAAUGAAGAGAUGGAGGUGCUGCGGCAGAUCAAGGACACAGUGGCAGUGGAUGCGGGACGAGCCAACAAGGAGGUUGAAAUCCUCCGAAAGCAGUGCAAGGCUCUGUGCCAGGAACUGAAGGAAGCUCUCCAGGAGGUGGACGUGGCCAAAUGUCGCCGGGACUGGGCCUUCCAGGAACGGGACAAAAUUGUGGCAGAGCGAGACAGUAUCCGGACACUGUGUGACAACCUGCGGCGGGAACGGGACCGAGCCGUGAGUGAGUUGGCCGAGGCCCUACGUAGCCUGGAUGACACUCGCAAGCAGAAGAAUGACGUCAGUCGGGAGCUUAAGGAACUCAAGGAGCAGAUGGAAUCCCAGUUGGGAAAGGAGGCCCGGUUCCGGCAGCUGCUGGCCCACAGCUCCCAUGACUCGGCCAUCGACACGGACUCCAUGGAAUGGGAAACAGAAGUUGUUGAGUUUGAGAGGGAGACGGAGGACGUUGACUUGAAGACUCUUGGGUUUGAUAUGGCAGAAGGCGUGAAUGAGCCCUGUUUCCCAGGGGACUGUGGCAUAUUUGUCACUAAAGUGGACAAAGGGAGCAUUGCUGAUGGUCGGCUAAGGGUCAACGACUGGCUGCUGAGGAUCAAUGACGUGGACCUCAUCAACAAGGACAAGAAGCAGGCCAUGAAGGCCCUCCUCCAUGGGGACGGGGCCAUCAACAUGGUGGUGCGGCGGAGGAAGUCUCUGGGAAGCAAGGUGGUCACGCCGUUGCACAUUAACCUGAGCGGACAGAAAGACAGUGGAAUCAGUCUGGAGAACGGGGUGUAUGCUGCUGCCGUGGUGCCCGGAAGCCCUGCCUCCAAAGAAGGGUCUCUCGCUGUGGGAGAUAGGAUCGUUGCGAUCAAUGGCAUUGCUCUGGACAAUAAGUCUCUGAAUGAAUGUGAAUCCCUGCUGAGGAACUGCCAGGACUCCCUGACCCUCUCUUUGCUGAAGGUGUUCCCUCAAAACUCCUCAUGGAGUGGCCAGAACAUAUGUGAAAACCUCAAGGACUCGGAAAAGACAUUGAACUUUCGAAUCCACGGCCCGGAGGUGCAGGCUCACAAUAAACGGAACUUGAUGCAACACAAUAACUCCACACAGACAGACAUCUUCUGCCUGGACAGGCUGGAGAACAGGAAAGAGAACACACCCCCAGGAGCUAGCAGCUCCUUCCUGAACAAGCCUUUCUCCGGGGGGCCCUUUCAGGUCUCCCCCAAGACCUGCACCAGUGCCUCUGAGCGCAGCCUGAGCUCCUUCCGCUCGGACCCAUCCGGGGAACACAGCUAUGGGCUGGCGGAAGCUCGUAGCCGACGGUCCCUGUUGCCCUUUGAGACGGAGGUGGGUCCCUGUGGGGUGACAGAGGUCGUCUUGGACAAGGCAGAGCCCGAGAGCUCUAACAGUGGUGGGACCUGGCCCAAGGCUGUGCUCAGCUCAAUGGUAGAGCCUGAGAAGCUCUCUGUUUACAAGAAGCCAAAGCAAAGGAAGUCCAUCUUUGACCCUAAUACUUUCAAACGACCUCAGACACCCCCUAGAAUAGACUACCUACUUCCGUACUGUGGGCCCACGUAUCCCCCGCAGGCUUCCAAGAAAGUGGAGCCUUUGACACCCCCAAAACCUCCCAGGAGAAGCAACUCCAUUAAGUUCCACCACAGGCCAGAGACCAGUUCUGAGUCCGAGGCCACGCUGGUAGGCAGCUCCCCAUCCACCAGCCCUCCAGUGGCCCUGCCACCUGACCUGGACCCUAAGGAGCCCCUUCCCUCAUCACCGCCUCGCAAGGCCAGAGUCCGAAUUGCUUCCAGCUACCACCCAGAAGGGGACGGAGACACCGACCUACCAGCCAAGAAACCUUGCGAUGAGGACCUCACCUCCCAGAGGGUGUAUGAGCUGGGGCAGAAGCGCUACCGGCCCAAGUCUGCUCCCGGCUUCCGGCCCAUGCUGGCUUCAGUGGUCCCCCCUGUGCAGGGCCUGGAGGAACAGAAGUGCACCCCGGCCAGUGGAGGAGAGCUUUCUCCAGAGUUCCAGGAGUGGUCUCCUUACUCACCUGUGCAUUCCAGCCGUAAUAGCAACCUUGCACUCUACCCCACCCGGGUGUCCGGGGGCACUGUUCCCCGGAGUAUGACCCCGAGCACCACCGUGAGCUCCAUCCUGAGGAAUCCCAUCUACACUGUGCGGAGCCAUAGGGUUGGCCUCUGCAACUCCUCAUCGGUCCCCAGAGAGGCUGGCACCCAGGGUUUGCAUCCCAGUGUCCAGCAUCAAGUACGUCUGAGCUUGGAUUUGAGCCACAGGGUCUGCAACGACUACUCGGAGAUGAGAACCUCCCAUGGGUGCAAUUCCUUGCCUUCUAGUGCCCGUCUUGGGUCUUCGAGCAACUUGCAGUUUAAGGCAGAACGUAUUAAAAUCCCAUCGACGCCAAGAUACCCCCGAUCUGCUGUGGGCUCGGACCGAGGUUCCCUGUCCCAUUCAGAAUGUAGCACGCCUCCUCAGUCACCUCUCAACAUCGACACCCUGUUCUCGAGUAGCCAAUCCCAGACCUUAGCUUCCACAUCGCCUAGAAUUGCCAUCAACCCUGCAUCCCUUGGGGAGUGGAGAAAAGACAGUUCCAGUUCUCACCUGGACUCUGCUAGCAACCAUUCCACUCUGCAAGGUAGUGGGGCCGCCACCCCAGAACACGUGGCUGCCAUCAACCCACUGAUGGCACAGGAUGAGGGCCCAGGGGCCCCUGCAGCCAAGCAGAGCACACCCAGCUCCAGGGGCACAGGUGAUGCCAACACGAAGACGGCAGAGCCUCGCCUGGUUCUCAUCAAAAAGUCUCAGCUGGAGCUCGGAGUACAGCUGUGUGGCGGGAACCUGCAUGGGGUGUUUGUGGCCGAGGUGGAGGAUGACAGCCCUGCCAGCGGCCCCGAUGGCCUUGUGCCAGGGGACCUCAUCCUUGAGUAUGGCACACUGGACAUGCGGAACAAGACAGUAGAGGAAGUGUACAUGGAGAUGCUGAAGCCCAAGGAAGGCAUCCACCUGAAGGUGCAGUACUGCCCCGAGGAGCUUGCCAGGGUCAAGGGCCUGCCUGGGGACGGCUUCUAUAUCAGGGCGCUGUAUGACCGGUCGGCAGAGGUGGAGCAUGAGUUGAGCUUCAAGAAGGAUGACAUCCUCUAUGUUGACGACACCUUGCCCCAAGGCGCAUUUGGCUACUGGAUGGCCUGGCAGCUUGAUGAGAAUGCCCAGAAGAUCCAACGUGGGCAGAUUCCCAGCAAAUAUGUGAUGGACCAAGAAUUCUCCAGGAGGCUCAGCAUGUCUGAGGUCAAAGACGACAGCAGUGCCACCAAGACCCUACAUUGUGCCCCUCCCUCUCCAGAUCCCAUCAGCCUGGCAUACCAGCGGGUGCAGAAAGUGGACUGCACUGCUCUGCGGCCGGUGCUGAUUCUGGGGCCCUUGCUGGAUGUGGUAAAGGAGAUGCUGAUGAAUGAAGCCCCCGGCAAGUUCUGCAGAUGCCCUCUUGAGGUGAUGAAGGCCUCCCAGCAAGCCAUUGAACGAGGCGUCAAAGACUGCCUCUUCGUUGACUAUAAGCGGCGGAGCGGCCACUUCGAUGUGACCACAGUAGCUUCCAUAAAGGAGAUCACAGAAAAGAACCGGCACUGCCUCCUGGACAUCGCACCCCAUGCCAUCGAGAGGCUCCAUAGCAUGCACAUCUACCCCAUCGUCAUCUUCAUCCACUACAAGAGCGCCAAGCAGAUCAAGGAGCAGAGGGAUCCCAUCUACCUUCGGGACAAGGUAACCCAGAGGCAUUCCAAAGAGCAGUUUGAAACGGCUCAGAAGAUUGAACAGGAGUACAGCAGGUACUUCACAGGGGUCGUCCAGGGAGGAUCCCUGCCCAACAUCUGCACUCAGAUCCUGGCCAAGGUCACUCAAGAACAGAACAAAGUCCUCUGGAUCCCGGCCGGCCCAUUAUAGAAGAGCGUCCAGCUGCGGAGGACUGGCGUGAUCCCACCCACGUGAGGCUAUGGCCCCAUUUGGUUCACUGACUCAAAAUGAAGACACGUCUGUCCAUACACAGAGAGAGGAAAGACCCAGCAAGUACGGACUCCAGAAGUCCCCUCUGGCCAAGGAGGCUCCAGGCCAGGGCCAGCAAACUGCAUUCCUCUCAUCUGUGCUCUAAGAUCCAACCCAACCAAACCGCAGAGGACUGUCCAUUGAGGCCUUUAACACCAGCCUUUCUUUAGCCAGCCACCCAGAGAUGCUGUAAAGAGAACCUUUCUAAUCACAAGUUUACAUGCCUUUAAAAAAAGUAUUUGGUUGUUUAUGUUUACUUGAACAACUUCCGGUUGUCCGUGCCCAGCCCCUGCCUCCUCUGCUCACCCUGUCUGUCACUUUGGCAUUGCUUUUGUUCUUUUCAGUUCAACCACUCUGAAACCUCCUGGUGGGGGCUGCUUUGCUUUGAGGGACCACAGCUGUGAUUGGGCAGCACCCUCCCGGAAGGAUGACGUCAUGACUACAGACACUGGGUCUGUGCCUUGGUGGGGUUGACUCAGCCAUGUUCUUCCCUGUGUGGGAGGGAAGACAGCUUUGUCUGCCAUACACAUUUGUCUGUCGAGCGCUCUCCUGUCUCCCAUGUCAGCCCCUUUUCUCUCCAUAGGCACUUAUUAUGUAAGUGCUGCGUCUUGUCCCCCAAGGACAACAGAGUUAGGCUCCAGGUAGCCCCCGCCACAGUGUCUUUACAGGUUCUGUAAAUCGUGACAGCCGUUGCCAGUGCCAUUUGGCGGGGUAGUUCAUAAUCUUUACACUUGAAAAGCGUGUCCAGAACAUCACUGUUUUUAAUAAACCAUUCGUGUUUC